AUGUUCAUAACAGUGGAAGGCUUCGACAAAACCGGAAUCCCAAGCACCCUCUGGGACUUCAUGGAACCCUAUUCAAAUAUCGAUCGUGUUUCGGGGAUUGCAGUUCUCGCUAUUGUCAUUCUCGUCUUCUUGAAUCUGGCCUCCAACAUACCGACCGAUAAUAUAAACACGACACGAGCUCAUACAUGUCUCAAAGUUUAUACCGACAUGUUUGUAACUAUUUUUCCUAUAGAUCUGUUGCUCGGAGGGCGAGUGGCGGCAGCGGCAGCGGCAAUAUCAGUUAGUGAAGAGAAGGUAUGGCUGAUAUUAGCAUGGGUGUGCACCUUUGCCGGAAACCUAUCGCUGUUGGGAUCGGCCGCGAACUUGAUAGUAUGCGAGGAAGCUUGUCGAGCGCCGAACCUUGGCUACACUGUCAUUCUGGAACCACGUCAAGUUUGUACUUCCUUCCAUGCUUAUAGUCACUUCUAUAGAUGA